AAUGAGUUUCUGGAUGACGUCACAGCGUCCUGUAGCGCGCGUGCGUUUGGCCGUAGAGUUGUCCAUUUUCUGCUCCUCAGCGGCUAGAGCGUUUACAGUAGAUCCGCAUACUGUCUAUGAUUACUAUCUGUUAUAUACUACCGUUUUAGCCUCUGGGUCGCUUUCGAAGAGAGGAAACAAGCGCACCGAACUAAAAGGACCCAUUCAACAGGUUGUUUUCCGUCUUUCAAUGCUCUAGCUGUCCGGUUCCCGUGUACUUCAGUCCCCCUACGGAUUUACAGGAGGAGCGAACAUGCCUUUGGGACUAAGAAAAAAGAAAAACAAGUCGAGGGAAAGCUCGAACUUAGUGGAAAACGAGGAGGUCAGCGGACAUGCAGGUGUCGGGAAGUCCGCGGUGAACGGUGGCGGGCUCCCUCCUCCACCUGCCAGCCUGCGACCGAAACUGGUGUUUCACACGCAGCUCGCGCACGGGAGUCCCACGGGGAGAAUCGAGGGCUUCACAAACGUCAAAGAGCUGUACGGCAAAAUAGCGGAAGCGUUUAAUUUAAGUCAAGAUGAGAUCCUAUUUUGCACACUCAACACCCACAAAAUUGAUAUGGAAAAGCUGCUGGGAGGGCAGAUAGGACUGGAGGACUUCAUCUUCGCUCACAUAAAAGGGAUCAAAAAGGAGGUGGAGGUGUACAAAUCUGAGGAGGCACUUGGGCUCACCAUCACAGACAAUGGAGCUGGAUACGCCUUCAUAAAGCGUAUCAAAGAGGGCAGUGUGGUGGAUGGGGUGAAGGUGAUCUGUGUGGGAGAUCAUAUUGAAUGCAUUAACGGAAAGAACAUCGUGGGGAUGCGGCACUAUGAGGUGGCACGAAUGCUGAAGGAGCUGCCCAAAGAUCAGUCCUUCACCCUCAAACUGGUGGAGCCCAUGAAAGCCUUCGAAAUGCUUGAACCAAGGUCAAGAGGAGGCGGAGGCAAAACCUCAGGAGAUGGCAAAAUAGGCACAGGCAGAGAAACCCUCAGAUUGCGCUCAAAGGGACCUGCAACAGUCGAGGAGAUGCCCACUGAGUUUGAAGAGAAGGCAGUAAAGAGAGUGGAUGACCUUCUUGAGAGUUACAUGGGCAUUCGAGACACUGAAUUAGCGGCCACGAUGGUGGAGGUGGGCAGAGACAAGAAGAACCCUGAUGAGUUUGCCAUGGCUCUGGACGAGGCUCUUGGUGACUUUGCCUUUCCGGAUGAGUUUGUGUUUGACGUCUGGGGAGCCAUCGGUGACGCCAAACAGGGACGGUUUUAAACGCUGCUACACACACACACACACACACACCACACUGAAAAACUGCUCUACUCUGAACAGGAUACCCUUGAUUUCAGCUGUUUAUAGCUAGCAUGGGGGAACAUUUGAAUUUAUGUGACAAAGAUUUUUUUUUUAAAACAAAUAAAUAAAAAUAAUAGUAAAUUUCACCACUGUAUCUGUCUUCACAUAAUACAUUAUCAAGCCUUUAAAAAAAGCUUCAACAGCAUUUAGUCACCAUGUUUUGACCUAUCAUGGGGAGAAUCUAGAGAGAUUAUUUCUGUUAGUAGCAUAGGUGAAGUAGGAAGUACGAGAUUUAACACAAGCCAAGGGAAAGGGUGAUGUUUGAAACACUCUUUUGCAUAGAGAGAAUUUUGUAUAGAAUUGAUAUACAUCAGUUGUCUUUUUAGAGCUAUUUUAGACUUUUUAAUUUAUUUAAUAAAGUGGUAUAACUUUUUAAAAGUUGCAGCGUCAAUAGCUGAUUGUUAUACUUUAGUGAAUUCAGAAUAUACACAUGAACAUAAAAACAUGGUCAUACGUUGUUUUAUCAACCAUAAAAAUAGUGCCAUCCAGAUGGUUAAUUUCAGAAAUGUCACAAACGAAUUGAUAUCGCAUUGAUUUUUUUUAUUAUUGUUAUUGUUUUGACUUUAUUGUAAAAUACAAUCCAUAAGGGAUCACUUUGAUAGAUGUUUAUUUUUGUGUGCCUUCACUGUUGUGUUGUCAACUUAAUUUUGUAUGAACAAUUUCUAUUUUGCUCAAAUCACAGGUAUUUGUCUUUGCCUGUUUUUAUUAAAGGUGAAAAAAGAUGUACUAAAUUACUUUGUGAAGUUGAUCAUUCAUUGCUGAUCAAAUAAUAAACUGUUGCCUAUCUUGA